AUGAUCGUCCACGUCGCCAACGCACAGUUCGCCCAGCAGAUCGGAACAGGUGGUCCUUCGCAUUUCGAUCACCGCGGCGGCGGCAACCUCCCGCCACCUUCGGCUGCACCUCCGCAGCAAUCUGGUUACAUUCACCCCAGCCGCAUGGGUAUCGUGCAGCACUCUGGCGGCACUGGCGGGCAAGCCGGUAGCGGGAACUACGGCAGUGGCGGCAGUGGCGGCUACACGAGCGGAUUUGGUGGAGGUUAUGCCAGCUCCUCUUCUGGCAGCAACUCUUACAACUCAAACAACCGCCAGUCUCGUCGUCUGUACAUUGGUGGCAUUGUUCCUGGCACACCAGACGUGCUCAUUGUCGACUUCCUCAACCGUGAAAUGAAUCAACGCGGCAUGACUUCAAGCCCAGGCAACCCAGUUCUUGCUAUUCAAAUGACCCCCGACAAGAACUUUGCCUUUUUGGAUAUGCGAACGUCAGAAGAAGCAACCAUGUGUAUCGCGCUUGACGGCAUCCCCUUUGAGGGUACUGUCUUCCGCAUCAAGCGGCCGAAAGAGUACGAAGGCCGCGAGGCGAACGAUCCCCCGUCGCUGUUUGGCAUGCCCAGCAGCUCGGGCGGCGGCUUUUCAUCACAAGGCGGCGCACAAGGCGGCAGCUUUGGUGGCAGCAUGGGCAACGACAAUCCGAACAAAAUUUACAUUGGAGGCUUGCCGUUCUCGCUUGAUGAGCAGCAAAUCCGCGAGCUGCUCCAAACCUUUGGUGUCAUCCGGAACUUUAGUCUUGUCCGCGAAGGCAAUGGCCAGUCAAAGGGUCAGCAGCCUCCUCCUUCCAUGCCAUAUGGCGCACCGUCCUCGUUUGGUGCGGCACCCAUCACCCCGAUGCAAGCGACCCCAGUCGUCCAAUUGUUGAACAUGGUGACUCCCGAGGAGCUUAUGGAUCCCGAAGAAUAUCAAGACAUUGUCGAUGAUAUCCGAGAAGAGUGCAGCAAGUAUGGCGAAGUUGUCAGUGUGGCGAUUCCUCGCCCGGUGCCCGGUCGGGAGGUUUCAGGUGUCGGCAAGGUGUAUGUCGAGUUUAGCAACGUGGACCAUGCGUAUCAAGCACUCCAAGCGCUUUCAGGUCGCAAGUUUGCUUCGCGUAUCGUCGUGACAUCCUUCUACGGCCUUGACGCUUACCGGCGUUCCGAGUUUUGA